UUAAUCGCGUCCACAACCCCAGAAACGAAGGAAAAGUGGAAAAUGCCAGCUUCCAUGAACUCCCUCGUGGGCACGCUGCUCCGCCCCACGCCAAACUGCGGAAUCUGCACAGAGCCAUUCAGCGACUCACAUGCUCCCAUCUCGUUACCCUGCUCGCAUAUUGUAGGGCACGCAUGUAUGAAGAAAUGGCUGCUUUCCUCCCAAAGGAACCGUAACACAUGCCCGUACUGCCGCCAAACAGUGUUCCCGCAGCUUGACGACAACAAAAAGUCUAACUCCAACACCCCUCACCGUGCUGUCGAAUCACGGCGCAGAGCCAGCGCGGACUCCAACGACACAGAAAUCUGGAAAGCCCUCUGCUCGCAGGACGCCGAAACCAUCCACAAAUUCAUGAUCGGGAUCUGGGCCGGCAUCACCAAACUCUUUGACUCACACACCCGAAACCUGCACCAACAACAACAAAAACAGACUUCGAAAUCCCAUCGCCGUUCUCCAGCAGGUACCACAUCACCAUCUACUCCCUACAGCGACACCCUCCCCUCAUCUCCAGUAUUCACAACAUCUGCUCUCCUCCAAACUGCCCUCCUCCCCGCCCUAUCCAACAUGCCCCCAACCUCCCCCUUCAAAGACGCCCACAACCUCAUCCUCGCAAUCUGGAACUCGCUCUCGCGCCGCUCCACUUCUAUCCCAGGCGUCGCGAUCCCGCUUCUGCGCCUCACGCGGCUCAUGGCUUCAUCAUCCUCGACGCUCCCGCGCUGGCUAACUUCCAUCCCCCGCAUCAACACGCUCUUCUGGUCCGCGAACGCCAGCCUCUCCCCUCCUUCCUCCUCUCUUCUCCACGACGAGCAAAUCUCCUGGUCCCACAUCACCACCGCAUCCCUCCUCGACUCCCCGCGCUACUUCCCGCUCUUACAUCUGUACGUCGUGCUGAUUUCGCAAUCCCUCGUUUCGUGCUCUCCGUCGUUCCCCUUCACGGUUCCAGAAAAGGAAAUCUUACACACGUGUACGCGGAGGAUCGGUGGGGAGUGGGAAGGACGACCUGGACGCGAGUUCAAAGAUCGAUUGGUAUUGGUGUACCGCGAGUUGAGGCGGUGGCAGGUGGAUUUGGGGUAUGCGAGUUUGAGGGGGAAGGGCGAGGAGGAGAGUGUUGUUCGGGGGUUGUGGGGGGUUGCUGCUUGGGGGAAGGGCGGGGGGUUAGGUGGGACGACGGGAGGGAUGAGUGGGAUUAGCAAUGCCGCGAGUGCGGGCAGGAGAGUCAGUAUCAGUGUUGCUGGCGGGAGGAAGGGGUCCGUUGUUACGGAGCAGUUGUACCGUUGAUAUCCUACACCCCACAUCCAGUCCGUAAAAAAACCAAACGAAUAUUAAUAUUAAUACCUCUUCCUAUUCCAUCUUAACUACUCAAAAAUAUCAAUCAACUAUCUUUCAAGUCCUACUUACCAUACAAAUCAUCUACUCUUUUCUACUAAUCUAUUUGAUUUAUACGCGUACGUCAAUUCAGCUAUCCCAGCAUUCAAAACACCACUACAAGAAUUCCUUCAAACGCCCAUAACAGUUUUUUUUUUCUAAAUAGACAACUUACCUCAAAUCAUUC